GGACAUGACAUCCACCGGCCUGCAUCGAGAAAGCAUGGGCGAGAAAACAACUUUCAAUGCUUUGGACAAUGCCAGAGUGUCCUUUGAUCAGGUUUGGUUGCCUCCCGAUGCGUUGCUGUCGAAGCUGUGCAAUGUGCGACCACGCGCUUUUCCUGACGGAAGUUGGAAGGCCGAAUACACCUUCGCAGGUCAGCGGCCACCUUCCUUUGUACAGAUCGCGCAGCGGCUGCUGUCAGGGCGACUUUGUAUCUCCGACUCAGCGAUUGCAUAUGUGGAGGGCGUUCUUCGGGUCACCCGAAAGUACGCUGAAAGCAGAAUGGUCUGGGUAGACAAGGAGCGAAAGAUGCCCCUGGCAGAGCUGCCGUACAUGAAGAAAGUUCUGCAUAGUGUGGAGGUCGGCCUGAACGUUCACAAGGCAUUCCUGCUCAUUCUUCAGAAAGAGUUUGCGGAGGCCAUCGAGUCGUCCCAAGAUCUCUCGCGAGCACUGGUGACGCGCAUCGCAGCUGCCAAGGUUGAAGCAGUGGAGUUUGCCAUCAAGUCCCUUGCGCUAAUGCGCAGAGAUGUCGGGUCUUUCAGUCUGAUGGCUUCUUCACCCUUUGGCUCCAACAACGACAUCUUGCUCUGUUGUCGCUUCGCCGAAGGCGACAGCCGAGUGUUGCAACAAAUGUUAACUCGAGACCUGGUGAAGAAGCACAGCAAAUUCCCAGCUGUAGCUCGAUUGCUUUGGCGCGUGCUGAAGGCGUGGCUCUCGGGGGCCUUGCACAGCCCAGCCAAGUUGCAGUAUCUCCGCGAUCAGCAGCUCUUACGGUUGCUGUGGGAUCUUGCACGAGAAUAUCGAAAAUGCUUGCAGAAAGGCAUGACGAAGGCUGAAGCAGAGACGGAAGCCUGGAUCCAGGCAGAAUUAGUUUACGAUGUGGCGAAAACUCAUGCACAGCAGCUCAUCCACAGCACAGUGAAGCAGCAGUGUGGAAGAAGCAAAGACACCCUGCGAUUUAUGGACAUGUGCAUCAGUGACUGUGAAGCUCGUCAUGUUUGAGGCAUGGAGGAGCCUCACGACUUGCCAUGGAAUUUUCCUGAGCGCAAAGAGAUGCGAGAACCUCACAUCCCCGGUGGCAUUUGCGGGUCCUCGCCAUUUAAGUUUUUAAGCAACGCCCCGUCCAACUUGUAUUCUUCUCAUUUCUGCACCAGAGCUUUGGAAGCAUUGGG